CCUCUCCUCACCGUCCCGUUACCGCACCAGCACUGAGCCAUCUGUCCUCCCCGGUCCGGCCACUCAGUCCCCCAAAAACGCCGAGCUGCACGUCGCCAGCCAGAGCCGGACGAUUGCCCCGCCAAGCCAUAGCCACCGACCGCUGCAUCGUGGACCACCAACCACCAACUCCUGCGCCAGUGCUACGACCACUUCAAUUUUCCGAUACAUCUCCCAGCACUUGUCCGCAGGCCGGCAAGUCUCCGCCUUAAUCAAUCAUUCAUCAUCACCAUCUUUUCCACGCUGCGAAUCUCGUGCCGGUUUUUUUGUCCUAAACCCAAAGGUUGAUCCCCGGGAGCCUAUCAAGCGCACACCGUCAUUUCAAGAAACCUCUUCUCUGAGAGACCCCAGCUCCCGCUCUCUGCCUAAUCCUCUUGUCUGUCUAUCGAGACAGCUCAUUAUCAGGCUGCAGCGCGAUUGUCUUCUCGUCGCUAUUGUUGUCAACGGGCUUACGAGCCUAUUCACCUCGCGGACGACCCCCCAAACCCUAUUGUGUGAACUGCCUGUUAUUGUGCCAGGCAACACUCCCACUCGAAUCAUCUAUUCCCUAUUGUCACCAUCUACAAUAGGUAGUCUUUCCAUAUAAUCCCCUCGAUCUACCCUGGGACUUGUCGACGGAUUUACCGACAUCAACCGUGGAUUAACAACGACAUCGACCACACAUAUCUCACCCACGAUGGCUUACUCACCCGUCACACCAGAGCAGAACGCUGCUGCCUUGCAGCACUUCAUCUACCAGCCUGUCUCGCAGCACAUGGUCAGCUAUCUCGCCAGUAAAGCAGCACAAGUCAUCCGCUGCGAAAGCAGCCAAUCGACUUCGAUCCACAAGGCACUCCCGCCUACACCUCCGACCACUCCUCCCCAACAACAAAAUGCGUCGUCCUGCUUUGAACCUUCGCUUCCAUCGCUGGAGCUCUUUAUCACUGGACUUGUCGAGAAGUCACAUGUGCAGGUGCCUACGUUGAUGACGUCUCUCGUCUACCUGGGGCGGUUACAACAACGUCUGCCUCCCGUCGCCAAAGGCAUGAGGUGUACUGCGCAUCGAAUCUUCUUGGCUGCUCUGAUUCUAGCUGCCAAGAACCUCAAUGACUCCUCUCCAAAGAACAAACAUUGGGCUCGAUACACUGCCGUCCGUGGCUUCGAGAACUUUGGCUUCAGCCUGACCGAAGUGAAUCUCAUGGAGAAGCAACUCCUGGGAUUGCUCGAGUGGGACUUGAGAGUCACAGAAGAUGAUCUCUACUUCCAUCUCGACCCUUUCCUCGCACCCAUCCGCACUUUCCAGAUCCGCCAAGCAGAGAAGCAGCGGAUGCGGGACGAGAUUGCGGCUCUCGAGCAACGCCAGCGCGCAAUUGCUGCCGAGCAGCAAAGACUGGCUUCAAUCGAAUCUUCUCGCUACUACGAAUCCCCACGAACCGUGGGGCAGUACACAUAUCAGCAACAAAUGUACUACUCCGCUCCGUCAACAUCAUCGUCAUCAACGUCAUCAUCACGGGUGCCUUCGCGAACGCCCUCUCUAUCGCCACCAACACGAAGUCACUCUGCAGCCUCAUCGGUGUCUGCAGAGUCAUUUGCUUCCACGUCCUCGCCAUCUAGCCUGAUGUCUUCGCACGCCGACUCCAACUACGAACUCCAAUACAAGCAGGCGCAACCCAUCAUCAGCCAUAGCUUGCCGCUCGAGCACACCGACCUGCCUCCCAAAAAGCACAGGGUUAACAUCUUCUCGCGCUUCCUCCCGUCUACCCUCAGCCGUACUCAAAUAUCUUCGAACAACGUUGCUGGAUACUAGGAUCAACUUGAUAAGAGAAGUUCUCCGACUUUCCCACGACACGGCUUUUCUUUUUUUGCUAUCAGGGAUUCCACGCACACACGUACCGUGUAAUAAAUGAGACGAUUCAGCAUUCUGGGCGGGACAAUGGCGAAGGCAAAGGCGAGACUUGUGUCAUUUUUUGUUUUGGCGCAACCGGCGAAAGGGGCAUUCAAACGAGCAUGAUUGAUUGAUUGAUUGAUGGAUUGAUUGGGGAGCUGGCAUGGAUUCAUGACUUGAUGAUAAACAUUCAACUGCAUGGCGCAGCGAGAGGGCGUUGCGCUACGAGCUGGCUCGUAUGAACGAGCGAUUCUUGACAAGAGGGCGGAGUUGACGCAGCAUGAUACCACACUUUUUUUGACGCAUGGCGUGGCGUAGUUAAUGAGAGAGACUUUUGCAUUUCGUUCUCUCCGCAAAAAGCUACGUGACGAGAAAUGGUUGAUAGACUGGCAGUAGUAGUAGCAGAAAAGUACCUUUGAUGGCAUGAAACGAACGAGAGAAAAAUAAGAC